AUGACUGAACACCUCCAUUCCACUCUUCUGAUACCCUCAACCGUAGGUUCUAAUGUCGCCACAAACCAGCAAUACUCUGUUGAAUAUUUGUCACAACUGCUCAAAGAUAAGAAGCAGCUCUCCGCCUUCCCAAAUGUGUUUCAUCAUCUUGAACGACUUGCCGAUGAAGAGAUCAGCAAGGUACGUGUGGCGCUGUUCCAGUUCGAAUUCACAAAAGAAGAGAUGAGCCUUCCAGAACCUGAAGGAGAGGUCCAAACAACCAUAGAAAAAGUUUUCGUUCCCGCGAAGGAACAUCCAGAUUACAAUUUCGUCGGCCGGAUAUUAGGACCGCGAGGAAUGACAGCAAAACAGCUGGAACAGGAGACCGGAUGUAAGAUCAUGGUACGAGGGAGAGGGUCUAUGCGAGACAAAAAGAAGGAGGAACUCAAUCGGGGGAAGCCGAAUUGGGAACACCUUUCUGAAGAGUUGCAUGUGCUAAUUCAAUGUGAGGACACUCCUAAUCGAGCACGAGUCAAAGUGGCGCGAGCUGUCGAUGAAGUCAAAAAACUACUCAUUCCAGCGCCGCGAGAGAAUCCAACUCAGACCAAACAGCUGUACCCCUAUACAAACAGACCGAGCGGAUAUCUUCGGCAGGAUGUGCGCUGA